UUUCUUUUUCUCUUCGUUAGUCGCCGAGUCGUCUGACUGUGGCUGUGACUCCUCUUUUUGCGUUUCUGUUGGGGACUCUGCAUUGUCAGACAUCUUCCCAGCUUUGGGUUAGUUAGAGUUUCCAAACAUUGGAGGUAAACACCGACUGCUAUUGGCUGAAAGAAACGCCAAUCUCUAAAAAACGUAAUUCUAUUGGUCAAAACUUCCGGAAAGCGCUGUUCAUCAUAGAAAGACUGCAGAACUUGUCUGUCUCUAGUGUCUCCUAAACUGCACGCAAGUUAAACAGGAGGCGUCACAUGGGAAGUGGCAAACUGUCAGGAAUUUAAUCCGACAGUUUAACUUUCCUGUUAAACCUGUCACCCCCUUCAGGCAACACCAUGGCAGGUAUCGGUAGGCUCUCCACCAAAGAUGCAGUGCUUUUCUUGUGUGACAUGCAGGAGAAGUUCAGACCCAACAUCUUCCAAUUCACAAACAUUGUCAGCAAUGCAGCCAGAUUGCUCGAGGCCAGUCGUGUUCUGGGCAUCCCCUCCGUUUUGACAGAGCAGUACCCUAAAGGCUUGGGUCCCACAGUACCCGAGCUGGGAGCAGCAGAUUUGACAGCUCAUGCUAAAACUUCAUUUACCAUGAUGAUAGAGGAGGUGGAGAAGGAGCUGCAGGCCCUGGGGAACCCCAAACAGGCUAUUCUGUGUGGAAUAGAAGCACACGCCUGUAUUGCAUGCACAGCAUAUGACCUUCUUGAAAGGGGAAUGGAGGUUCAUAUUGUGGCGGAUGCAGUCUCAUCUAGAAGCCAGACAGACCGUUUGUUUGCUCUGUCCCGACUGAAGCAGAGCGGAGCGUACCUCACCACCACAGAGGCUGUUAUGCUGCAGCUGGUUCAAGGCGCUAAACACCCCAACUUCAAGGAGAUCCAGAAGCUUUUGGCCCAACCUUCCCCUGACACUGGCCUCCUCGCCUUCUUCAGCGCUCUGUAGGGAGACCAUCAGGUGUCCCUCUGUUGCUUAGAUACACUGUACAGAAUUUCACCGCUUCCAACAUACUGGGAAAGUGCUUCAAUAAAGUGAUAAUUAAAAUUUGUA